GUGAAGAAGCUGCAGCUUCAGUGAGAGAGUGCUCAUCCGUGGCCAUUGAGACUCAAUGGCAUCUGUUUUUGCAGUUAAAUUCUUUCUGUGCACAGUUCUAUGGCUCUUCAACUUUCUACCUCCUUGUCAAGGUAAACAGAACUGGAAUGGAAAUGGAUAUGGAUAUCCAUUUAUUAGAAAAGCAAGCUCAUUCUCAUCUUCACCAUCAGUUUCAACCACCACAAGCAAUAAUGGCUAUGACUACAUAAUAGUGGGAGGGGGCACAGCUGGGUGCCCUUUGGCUGCAACACUCUCUCAGAACUUUAAUGUUCUUCUGCUUGAAAGAGGAGGAGUCCCUUUCAACAACCCCAAUGUGUCCUUUCUAGAGAACUUCCACAUUACCUUAGCGGACACGUCACCAACUUCAGCUUCCCAAUUCUUCAUUUCAACAGACGGAGUCCUCAAUGCAAGGGCAAGGGUGUUGGGUGGUGGCACUUCCAUUAAUGCUGGUUUCUACACUAGAGCAAGUCCAAGAUUUAUAGAGAAGGUGGGGUGGGAUGCCAAGCUAGUAAAUCAGUCUUAUCCUUGGGUUGAGAAGCAGAUUGUUCACCGUCCAAAGUUUUCACCAUGGCAGAGAGCAGCAAGGGACAGCCUUCUAGAUGCCGGUGUGUCCCCUUUUAAUGGAUUCACCUAUGAUCAUAAGUAUGGAACCAAAGUUGGUGGAACCAUUUUUGACAGAUUUGGACGCCGCCACACAGCUGCUGAAUUGCUUGCUUCUGGGAAUCAUGACAAACUUACUGUUUUAAUCCAUGCCACUGUACAAAAUAUUGUUUUUGAUACAAAAGGAAAAAGACCAAAAGCUAUGGGGGUUAUUUUCAAGGAUGAGAAUGGGAAACAGCAUCAGGCAAUCCUGAGAAAUGAUAGGCAGAGUGAAGUGAUUGUGACUAGUGGAGCAAUUGGAACUCCUCAAUUGCUAUUGCUGAGUGGAAUUGGCCCAAAAGAAGAACUUCAAAACUUAAACAUCCCUGUGGUGUUUGAUAACCAAUUUGUUGGGAAGGGUAUGGCUGAUAACCCCAUGAAUACAAUUUUUGUUCCUUCAAAGAGACCAAUUCAGCAGUCACUCAUAGAAACUGUUGGUAUUACGAAUUUGGGUGUGUACAUUGAGACUAGCUGUGGGUUCGGGCAGUCCAACGAUAGCAUUCACUGUCACCAUGGUAUCUCCUCGGCUGAGAUUGGGCAGCUUUCCACAAUUCCUCCAAAGCAAAGAUCACAAGAAGCUGUUCAAGCUUUUGUCAAGAGAAAGAAAGACCUACCAGUGGAAGCAUUCAGGGGAGGCUUCAUCUUGUCAAAAGUUGGCAGUGCUUGGUCAACAGGUGAACUCAGGUUGAUUAACACCAAUGUGGAGGACAACCCUGCUGUUACCUUCAACUACUUCAAUCACCCAUAUGAUCUUCAGCGCUGUGUGGAGGGAAUCCGCUUAGCAACCAAGGUUGUUCAGUCACAGCACUUCACAAACUACACUAUGUGUGAUAGGCAAACUACAGAGAGUCUGCUUAACCUUACUGUGAAGGCUAAUGUCAACCUUAUACCCAAGCAUGUCAAUGACACAAAGUCACUAGAGCAGUUUUGCAAGGACACUGUGAUCACAAUUUGGCACUACCAUGGUGGGUGCCAUGUGGGGAAGGUAGUCAACCCUGAUUAUAAGGUUCUUGGUGUUGAAAGACUCCGUGUGGUAGAUGGUUCAACAUUUACUGAGUCACCAGGAACCAAUCCUCAAGCUACUGUGAUGAUGAUGGGCAGGUACAUGGGAUUGAAGAUCUUAAGAGAUAGGUUGGGGAAAUUGGCUGGUAUAUAAGGAAGCGUAUGUAAUAUGAAGAUCAUCUCAAGAAAAAUGUGGAAAAAAAAAGUGUAAUGUGAAGACUAGAAGAACAAUAUUAG